CCUGCUAACAGAAGGAUCUACUGCAGUGUUAUAGCGACUAUGUCACUGACUUCCCACAUUCCAUUGAGAUGAUUAACCAGUGGAGCAAACAGUCACAUAAAUUCAGAAAGUUUCUGAAGAAACAGUUAUCAGAGUUGAACUGCAGCAAUGUUGGCUUGGCAACCUACUUACUGGCACCAUUGCAAAGGAUUCCAAAAUAUGUCUUACUACUUAAGCAAUUAUUGAAAUACACAACUGAAGACAAUCCAGAUUAUUACUAUAUGCAAACUGCUGUACAAGGACUCAAUGAGUUUAUAAACAAUAUGAAUACAGCCAUACAAGAAGCAUUUAAAGUACUUAAUAGCUCAACACAAAGUCCACCAAAGAAAAUUGAAAGUUCUGGUUCACAUGAGUUUUCCAGUAAUAGUAGCAUCGAUUUGCAUAAAUUAAGCCAUAGUAGCACUGCUCUAUCUACAUCCUCGCACAAAGACAGCGGAAUACAUUCCACCGUGCUUUCUAUAGAUGAUCUUGAGGUUGAUCUUGAACUUUUACCCGAUGAUGACAGGUAA